AUGGAUUUUUCUGAGAAGUGGAGCAAGCUACCGACUGCUCCAAGCCUCAAACAUCUCACAGAGCCUGGGUUUGGCGUGCCCAAGGAGAAGCAACAUGAAGCAGUCCAAGACCUUGUCAAAGCUCAUAUUGAAUCGUUUGAUCAGGCAAUUACUGAGGGACUGGCUCGCGUUGUGCAGGCCAUUCCUCCCCUGGAGUUUAUGUUUAAGAACGACAGGGUCAGCUUGACGUUCGUGGAGGCGGCUGUCCAUAACCCUACAGUCAGUAAAGGAAGCAUUUGCCGAGAUGCGAGAGUUUUUCCAGCAGAGUGUCGAGGCAGACGCUGUACCUACAGAGGAAAGCUGGUGGCGGACGUCAACUUGUCGGUGAAUGGCAUACCUAAAGGAAUCGUCAAAACACCUCUGGGUCAGAUUCCCAUCAUGGUGAAAUCUAAAGUGUGUAACCUGCAUGGACUCUCUCCUAAAGAACUCAUCGAACACCAUGAAGAGGCAGAGGAAAUGGGAGGUUAUUUUAUCGUGAACGGCAUCGAGAAGGUGAUCCGUAUGCUUAUCAUGCCACGAAGGAACUAUCCCAUAGCAAUGGCAAGACCCAAAUGGAAGAGUAGAGGGCACGGUUAUACUCAGUACGGCAUCUCCAUGCGCAGUGUAAGAGAUGAACACACUGCGGUUAAUUUGAAUCUGCAUUACCUGGAUAACGGCACAGUCAUGGUGAACUUCAUCUACAUGAAAGAGCUGUUCUUCCUCCCCUUGGGUUUUGCACUGAAGGCCCUGGUGGACUUCUCAGAUUUUCAGAUCUAUCAGGAGCUGAUUAAGGGACGUGAGGAGAAUUCUUUCUACAAGAGCUGUGUGGCUGAGAUGCUCAGAGUGGUCAUGGAAGAAGGCUGUACUACCCAGGGAAAAGUGCUAAACUACCUGGGCGAACGCUUCCGGGUCAAGAUGAUAUUACCAGAGUGGUACACUAAUGAGCAGUGUGCUAACUUUCUUUUAGAUCAGUGUCUGUGUGUUCACCUCAAAUCCAACAUGGAGAAGUUUUACAUGUUGUGUUUCAUGACACGAAAGCUGUUCAGCUUUGCCAAGCAGGAGUGUAUGGAGGAGAACCCAGACAGUCUGAUGUGUCAGGAGGUCCUGACCCCAGGACAGCUCUACCUCAUGUUCCUGAAAGAAAAGAUGACUGCCUGGCUGGUCUCUGUGAAGCUUGCCAUGGAUAAGAGAGGACACAGGAUAGGCACUUUGAACACUGAAUCAUUGGGGAAAAUGUUCAACAUGGGUACUGACCUCACAAAACCGUUUGAGUACCUUCUGGCUACAGGCAACCUGGUGUCAAAGACAGGUUUGGGGAUGCUACAGAACACAGGCUUGUGUGUGGUAGCCGACAAACUGAACUUUGUCCGGUACGUGUCACACUUCCGCUGUGUUCACAGAGGGGCAGCAUUUGCUAAAAUGAGGACGACGUCUGUGAGACGGCUGCUCCCGGAGUCCUGGGGUUUCAUGUGUCCUGUACACACCCCUGACGGAGAACCGUGUGGUCUAAUGAACCAUAUGACGGCGCACUGUGAGAUUGUAGCUCCCACACUCAUGACCACUACUCUCCCUGCCCUACUCUGUUCUCUAGGUGUAACCCCAGUGGACAGUACCCCUGGCCAGCCAUACUCAAACUGUUAUCCAGUGCUACUGGAUGGAGCCAUGAUUGGAUGGGUGGAGACGGAGCUGGCGCCCGCCCUGGCUGAGUCGCUCCGCAGGUUUAAGGUGCUUAGAGAGAGAAAAAUCCCGCCAUGGACGGAGAUUGUUUUAGUUCCUCAGAUGGGUAAAGCCAGCAUGUUCCCAGGUCUCUACCUCUUCACAACACCCUGCCGUAUGAUGCGGCCUGUUCAGAACCUUGCCCUUGGCAAACAGGAACUCAUUGGCACCUUCGAACAGCUGUAUAUCAACGUUGGGAUUCUCGAGAAUGAGAUUGUCCCUGGAGUGACCACGCACCAGGAGCUCUUCCCGCACAGUAUGCUUAGUGUGGUAGCUAACUUCAUCCCUUACUCUGACCACAACCAAAGUCCCAGGAACAUGUACCAGUGUCAGAUGGGUAAACAAACAAUGGGCUUUCCUCUACACUCCUUCCAAGAACGCUCAGACAACAAGCUGUACCGUCUGCAGACCCCCCAAAGUCCAGUAGUCAGACCCCGAAUGUAUGACCAUUACAACAUGGACAACUACCCCAUUGGCACCAAUGCUAUAGUGGCGGUCAUCUCCUACACAGGCUAUGAUAUGGAGGAUGCUAUGAUAGUGAAUAAGUCGUCAUGGGAACGAGGCUUCGCUCAUGGCUGUGUCUAUAAGACUGAGUUGGUGGAUCUGACAGAAAAGGCCAAAGGUGAAGAGGGUGUGGUAUUUGGGGUGAAGCCAGGAGACCCUAAAGUUGGGAACAGGCUGGAUGUUGAUGGUCUCCCACCGAUUGGGUCAGUUCUGAAUUACGGAGACCCAUUCUACAGCUACAUAAACCUGAACACGGGCCACAGUCACGUCACCUUUUACAAGAGCCAAGAGAGCUGCAUUGUGGACAAUAUCAAAGUCUGCAGCAACGACGCCGGCACAGGCCGCUUCAAACGAGUCUGCAUCACCGUCCGCGUGCCUCGAAACCCCACCAUCGGAGACAAGUUCGCCAGUCGCCACGGUCAGAAGGGCAUCCUGAGCCGUCUGUGGCCCGCUGAGGACAUGCCGUUCACGGAGAGCGGAAUGACUCCCGACAUCCUCUUCAACCCGCACGGCUUCCCUUCCCGGAUGACCAUUGGAAUGCUCAUCGAGAGCAUGGCGGGAAAAUCUGCCGCCCUUCACGGCCUCUGUCACGACGCCACGCCCUUCACCUUUUCCGAGGACAAUUCGGCGCUGGAGCACUUCGGAGAGCUGCUCCGUGCUGCCGGUUAUAACUACUACGGCACAGAGCGGCUCUACAGCGGCCUAAGCGGACUGGAACUGGAGGCGGAUAUCUUCAUCGGAGUCGUCUAUUACCAGCGUCUUCGUCACAUGGUCUCCGACAAAUUCCAGGUGAGGACCACGGGGGCCCGGGAUAAAGUGACCAAUCAGCCGGUGGGAGGCAGGAACGUGCAGGGUGGGAUCCGUUUCGGAGAGAUGGAGAGAGAUGCCCUCCUGGCACACGGUUCAUCCUUCCUGCUGCACGACCGUUUGUUUAACUGUUCGGACCGGUCGGUGGCUCAGGUGUGUAUGGACUGCGGCAGUCUCCUCUCCCCGUUGCUAGAGAAACCACCGCCCUCUUGGUCAUCCACACAUCAUCGGAGAACAAUCUGCACGCUUUGCAACAAAAGUGACUCUAUCGAUACCGUGUCUGUUCCGUACGUGUUCCGUUACUUCGUGGCUGAGCUGGCAGCGAUGAACAUUAAAAUCAAACUGGAUGUGAAGUGA